AUGACGAUCAGGAUUCAGGGAGAAGAAGAACCGUGGAAGAAGGAUGGCUGGCCUCCUCGGCGCAUGCCAUACAAUCUAAAGUUUGACACAAAGUAUUACUAUGCCGUUGGAACUGAAGAGACGCUGGAAAAUAUUUGGUUUAGGACCCCUCCGAAAAGUGGCCCAAAUGUGCCAUAUACAUUUCGUCUGAUAGGUGAUCUCAGUCAGAGUUUCGACUCCAAUGUCACGCUCGCUCAUUAUGAGUCCAAUUCAAAAGCCCAGGCAGUGCUUUUUGUCGGGACCUGA